CCGGCUCCCCCUCUCCUCAGCGUCCUCCACCUCCUCUUUCUCCUUCCCCGCCGGCUUCUCGGCCGCUCCUCCCCGUCGGUUCUCCGGCUCCUCCUUUCCCUGGCUUUAGCCUGCCGACUCUCCGCCUCCGCCUCUCUUUCCUCCGGCUUCGCCCCUCCUUCCCGCUGCUCCGCCUCUCUGAGUUGGUGUUCCUUGGGCUCGGACUAGCUAGCCUGCUGUUGCUCCUCUGGCCCACGCCGGGUCGCGUGGUCGGCACCGCGCGCCUCGCGAGCGCUGCCGGGUCCGGUCCGGCUCGAUCCGGCUGGACCCGCUCGGCGCGCCGUUCCCGCCCUGCCCCCGCCGCUCUCGGGUACAAGGAUUCAUUGAAAGAAGAUCUUGAGAAAGCAGAUCUUGUUAUUAGUCACGCAGGUGCAGGAAGCUGUUUGGAGACUCUGGAAAACAGAAAGCCCCUUGUGGUGGUUAUAAACGAAAAGUUGAUGAACAAUCAUCAGCUGGAAUUGGCAAAGCAGCUACACAAAGACGGGCAUCUCUUCUACUGUACUUGCAGGGUCCCGACUUGUACCGGGCGAGCCAGCCCUUUGUCUCCUGCUCCUGAGAAGUGCCAGGAUUCUACAGCGCUGACAACUGCCUUCUCAUCCCUAGACCCUGGGCUGCUUUCCGGAUACCUGCAUAAGCAAGCCCUUGUCACUGCUACCCAUCCUACCUGCACCUUGCUUUUUCCUUCUUGCCGCUUGUGUUCCUUUCUCCCCAUCCUCACCCCCACCCCUGGCAAAAUGCAUAAAGGAUGGAAAAAGUACUGCGGCCAGAAGUCUCUGAAUGAGACAUCAAUGGAUGAAUAUUUAGGCAGCUUAGGGCUGUUUCGAAAGCUGACUGCCAAGGAUGCCUCUUGCCUCUUUCGGGCUAUUUCGGAGCAGUUGUUUUGCAGCCAGGUCCAUCAUUUGGAAAUCAGGAAGGCUUGUGUCUCCUAUAUGAGAGAAAAUCAACAAACUUUUGAGUCUUAUGUGGAGGGAUCUUUUGAGAAAUACCUGGAACGGUUGGGAGAUCCCAAGGAAAGUGCUGGCCAGCUGGAAAUAAGAGCUCUUUCUCUAAUUUAUAAUCGGGAUUUCAUUCUUUAUCGCUGUCCCGGAAAGCCUCCAACUUGUGUCACAGAUAAUGGCUAUGAAGACAAGAUUCUACUCUGCUAUUCAAGUAAUGGCCAUUAUGAUUCAGUGUACUCAAAACAAUUUCAGUCAAGUGCAGCUGUUUGCCAGGCUGUACUGUAUGAAAUUCUCUAUAAAGAUGUGUUUUUUGUGGAUGAAGAAGAGUUGAAGACUGCAGUUGAAUUGUUUCGAAGUGGUUCCAAAAAGAACAGAAACCAUGCUCUGACUGGCAGCGAGGAUGUCCAUGUUGACUGCAAGAGUUCAGCUUGUAAUAGGAGUGAAGAGUUGGGUGCCUGCUGCAAUGUUGAAAAUAUACCAGAGGGGUGCAAUCAAGGAACAGAAGAAGCAAAGUCUCCAGAGAGUCCAUCAAAGAUGCUCUUCCCGUAUAAGGUGCUUAAAGCCCUGGAUCCAGAAAUCUAUCGUAAUGUAGAAUUUGAUGUUUGGUUGGACAGCAGAAAAGAACUUCAAAAAACUGAUUACAUGGAGUAUGCUGGGAGACAGUACUAUUUGGGAGACAAGUGUCAGGUUCGCUUGGAAUCAGGUGGAAGAUACUAUAAUGCUCAUAUUCAAGAAGUUGGAAAUGAGAAUAAUUCCGUAACAGUCUUCAUUGAAGAAUUGGCAGAAAAGCAUGUUGUUCCACUGGCUAACUUAAAACCAGUUACCCAAGUCACACCUGUUCCUGCCUGGAGUGGAAUGCCCAGUCGGAAAGGAAGAGGUUACCAGAAAAUUUCCGGGGGCUAUGUCCCAGAAAUGGCUAUGUCAGAGAUGGACAUGAAGCAACGGAAGAAGAUGUUCAAAAAAGUUAGAGGAAAAGAGGUUUAUGUGACUAUGGCUUACGGCAGGGGAGACGCCUUCCUCCCGCCCAGGCUUCAGCACAGCAUGCAUUAUGGGCACGACCCUUCAGUGCACUACGCACAGACAGCUGCCAAUGUCCUGUCUAAUGAGCAUUUCCAUCCUCAACAUCCACCUCAGAGACAGGGUCGGGGAUAUGGGAUGCCCAGGGAUUCAUCUCGCUUUAUCAACAGGCAUAACAUGGAAGCCCCUAAAGUUGGUUUUUACCCUGGCCCAGGUAAAAGGUGUUGCCAGGGCUAUGAUAACUUCUCCUAUAGAUCUCGUUCCUUUAGACGUAGUCACCGCCAGAUGCAUUGCAUGAACAAGGAGUGCCAGUAUAGCUUUGCCCCAGAGAAUGGACAGAUGCCCAGGGGCGUAGAAGAAACCAUUACCUUUUAUGAAGUUGAGGAAGGGGAUGAGACUGCUUAUCCAACUUUACCUAGUCAUGGAGGGCCCUCCACACUGGUUCCUGCUGCUUCGCGAUACUGUGUUGCAAGGCGAGGACAUAGCUCAGGCAAACAGACCUUGAACUCAGAAGGGGCCAGUGGCCAGAGUCACAAUGGGAGAUAUCAUGAAGAUUAUAUUUAUCCUUCAGAACCAGACUAUGAAACUUCAGGUGUUUAUAGCACAACUGAAUCUACAGCAAACUUGUCUCUUCAGGACAGAAGACCAUGUUCUAUGUCUCCUCAGGACACAGUUACCUCAUACAACUAUCCCCAGAAGGUGAUGGCAAAUUCUGCAGCAGGUGCAGCUUCCUGUGCCAAUAAUGUUCCGGCUCCAGUCUUACCUAGCUGUGCAGCAGCUAAUGAAGCUAGUAGUACCGCUUCAGCCUCCUCACAGAAUGCUAUACCGCCUCUACUCGUGUCUCCAUCUAUGCAAGGCAGGCCGGUGAUUGCUUCGCCAUCCUAUCCAUAUCUUUCUCCUCCUAUUCCUGCUGCUGCUGCUGCCACUGCUGCUCCUUUACCACCUCCACCUCCUCUUGAGGUGGGAGAGGCUUCAAACUUCCCACCACCACCACUUCCACCUCCACCUUAUUCCUGUGAUCCAAGUGGCAGUGAUCUGCCUCAAGAUACAAAAGUUUUGCAGUACUAUUUCAAUCUGGGAUUGCAGUGCUAUCACCACAACUACUGGCACUCCAUGGUCUAUGUGCCACAGAUGCAGCAGCAGCAACAGCAGCUUCAUGUAGAGAAUUAUCCAGUCUAUGCUGAGCCACCCCCUCUGGUAGAUCAAAGUAUUCCUCAGUGGUAUAGUGAGGUGGGGAGACAAGAUGGUACACAGGUGGAAGCAUCAGGAAAUGGUACUGUUCCAAAUGCUGACCCUGCAUCUGUCCCUCCUGGAGCAGUCUAUUAUCCAGUGAUGUCAGAUCCCUAUGGGCCUCCACCAUUGCCAGGUUUUGAUUCCUGUCUUCCUGUUGUGCCCGAUUAUCCCUAUGUUGCCCCCUGGCAUUCAGUUGGUGCAGCAUGUGGUGGCUCUUCUCAAAUUCAUGGUGCUAUGAAUCCUGGGCCAGUUGGCUAUGUUGCUUCACCUCCCUCAGCUUCUCAUUACAUACCUCAGAACAUGUAAGCUUCAGCAGUAUGAAGUAUUCUUGCACUGCCAUUUUUUGCCAUUUUGGUUUUUUUAAAAAGUGUUUUAUGUUAGUGUUUAAGUGAUUUAGGUGGUUAGGGUGGUUACUAUGGUAUCUGUCUUUAAGAUUAUUUUAUCUUUUGAUUUAAAAUACUACUUUAAAUAAAGGAACAUUACUUUGGGUUGUGGAUAAGGAAAUGGAGAUGGCUGUACAGCUAGCCCCAUAUUGAGCAUAUUUCAUUGUAUUCAGCUGUUCUCCUGUCAGCCAGCUUGUCAACUUUGUAUUAGCUGAUGGUUCCAGUUGAUAAAAGGAAUAAAUCGUAGGGUCUGUUUCCUUGGCUCAGAUGUCAAACAUGUUAAACCGUGCAAAAUUGGAAUAACUUUCACUUGUUUCUAGAAAGUAAAAAACAAAAGAGCAUUGGCUUCUGGAUAACUAAAUAUUAAAUGAGCGACCUCUUCAGAUUUUUUAAGAAUUGUCUGAAUUGUGUUCUGUGAUAUUAAUCAGUUUUGAAGGCACAUGGUGCUCUGCUUUACUUAUUUCAUAUGCUAUUGUUUAAUAUUGGAUUUAUGUAACUUUUACUGCACAGUAUUGAAUUGGUGUUUGCACAUUUAGCAGUAAAUAAAAUUAGCAUUUAAAAUUGCUAAAAUGAGUGGGAUUUUCUUCCUUGUUUUC